GGCUAAGUGGUAGGGGCGAGGGGUGAAAUGGGAUUGGGCCUAAGUGUAUUUGAGUUUACAACAGCUUGACAUAGUUUGAGGCGGGUGUGUGAUGACUUAGGCACUGUUUAUACAGAAGCACUAAUUGGUGCACACAAGCUUCCAAUACUUGUUAGCUACAUUAACUACCUUUGCAGCUCCAGCGCAGAACUGAAGAGGUAAACAUCAGACACCAAGCAUGAUCGACUACAUUUAGUGUAACAGGAAAGAAUUGUGUAAAAUAGGCUUGUGGCCAAAAAGGGCAACUUCUGGUCUGACCAGCCUUGUUUACCUUGUUUACAUCUUGCAGCAGUAGGAGAAAACUCGGUGGACGCAAACACUUUAUUCAGCUUGUUGCUUCUUUCACUGAGUUUCUAAGCCAAGCACGACUAACUUACUUUGUAGUGAAUUUCUUCGUGAUCAUGUCUGUGCCGCUGCCGUCCUUUCAAGUGCGCUUGACUUCUUCUCUUUGAAAUAUCCUCAUGGAGGCCUGCAUCUCGUACUGAGCUUGUGAGAAAAAAGGCUAAACACUGCCUUUGUGUCACUCUUCCUGCUUUUCUGUAUGAGGACAAAGCCAGCUGCGCUAAACUGGUCAGAACAUGUUCUGUAUGUCAAGGAAACAGGACCCUGAUGGUGCAGAUAAGCUACUUUUCUCUGUUACGUCUCCGGGUACUGUAACAGCAGCCAAGCUAAUAACAACUGGCUCAUCAGGUACCAUCAUUAUCAAGUGUAAGGACCUCCGCAUUCUCCAGCUUGAUAUUCCCGGAAUGGAAGAGUGCCUUAACAUCGCCAGCUCUAUAGAGGCUCUUUCCUCCCUGGAGAGCAUCACAGAAAUGUACCCAUUCUUCCACCGGCCACGUGAGCUCAGUCUAAAUGAUCCCUGGGGUCUCUCCUCUCCAGAGCAGGACUACGUACAAACAGAGAGACUGUGGGACAGGUGGAGGCUGAGCAAAGUCAACUCAGAUUUCUCAGUGUGUCCGUCAUACCCUGGUGCCAUGAUUGUACCCCGAACUGUAGACGAUGACGCACUCGUGAAGGCCGCGCGGUUCCGACAGGGUGGAAGGUUCCCCGUGCUCUGCUACUGUCAUCACAGAAACAGCAUGGUGAUCAUGCGUUGCAGCCAGCCCAUGACGGGAGCCAAUAGGAAGCGAUGCAGGGAGGACGAGCUCCUCCUCCAGGCAGUGAUUGACGAAUCAGAGUUGGGUUACGUCAUAGACACACGCUCCGCCCAGCAAGCUCAGCAGGCCAGGAUGACAGGAGGAGGGUUUGAGUCCAAAUCCUUCUACCGACCCUGGAGGAGGAUCCAUAGACACAUGGAGAGAGGAAAGGUGUUGCAGGAAAGUUUGAUCAAGCUGGUAGAAGCAUGUGGCGACCCAUCUCACAAUAUGGACCGCUGGCUGAGCAAGCUGGAGAACUCCAAAUGGCUGUCUCACGUUCACAGUGCUCUGUCCACAGCAGGCCUGGUGGCAGAGUGUGUGGAGAGGGAUGGUCACUCAGUGCUGGUGCAUGGCUCUGACGGGACGGACACCACGUUAUUGGUGACCUCACUGGCUCAGGUCAUCCUAGAUCCUGCCUCCAGAACAUUCAGAGGUUUCCUUCAACUACUGGAGAGAGAGUGGGUUCAGGCAGGCCACCCAUUUCAGCAGCGCUGCGCCCGUUCAGCCCACUCUCAUGCCCGUCUAAGGCAAGAGUGCCCGUCCUUUGUGCUGCUGCUGGACUGCAUGUGGCAGAUAUGGAGGCAGUUCCCACUGGCGCUGGAGUUCAGCGAGGCUCUGCUGCUGAGGCUGGCGCAGGAAGCCUACGCCUCUGACUACGGCACCUUUCUCUGCAACAACGAACAGGAGCGAUGUACUUUAGGGGUGAAGGAAAACACUCACUGUUUGUUCCAGUUCCUCUUGCGGUGUAGCGAGAGAGAGAAAUACAUUAACCCACUGUAUGAACCCACAGAGCUGGCUAUCUGGCCUUCGGUGCAGCCACAGUCUCUCCAAUUAUGGACUGGUCUGUUCCUCAGGUGGACCGAGCAUGCUGAAACAAUGGCCGAGGCUCGAGAAGAAAUCUGGACUAUCAUUAAAGAGCACAGAGAGAGAACUGGAGCUGAGGAGACCACACACACACCUCCUACCCAUCGCGACACCUUCACCGCUGUGGAGAAUCUCAUGGAUGAGUUGACUAUACUCUGACCUCAAGAGGGCGUCCAUUCCUAUUCAAAUCAAGGCAAACAAUAACCGUUUCCAUUCGGUUCGUCGCGGCCGCAAGAGGGAAGCAGAAGCCUAACUGAGUUUGAGCUACGUUUGCUUUGGCAGUCUGCAUUACUAGAUGUUGCACAAACAUUGACAGAAUACUUGAUCUUGCUUUUAACCACUGGACUCAGUAUUUAUUCUUCCCUUCCACAGAGGAUGUCAGAUCAUUUCACUGUGACCAUGUGACUUGUGACAGUCUGAGCCUCUUCACGCUGUGGUCACAUCGUGCCUCAAUAUACCACCUUGUGGAUGAGAUACGUAACUACUGUUAACAGAAAUGUCUUCUAAUUAUUUAAAAUGAAACCUAUAUUAUUUAAUUUAUUGUGGUCCACAUAAGCCAAGAAUAUGCGUAAUUCUUCCUUCUUCUUAAGUUUAUUCAGGUAAUAUUCAACAUAUAUGAAUAUCAGUGCAACUUCAGUCACAGCAAGAUUUUUCAUAAAAUAGCUCUACACCUGUCUUUGCCUGUGUAGAUAUCAGCAUGCACUUGCUUCAUGUUCAUGUGCAUAGAAUAACUGGGCAAGUGUGAAUGAAGUAAGAGGGGAAUGUUUUAAAAAAUGUUAAAAAUGUAGUUGGUAUUCAAUUCAUAUGUAUUUUUAGGGACUGUACCUGAUUGCAUACUUUAUUGAAUAUGACUGAAUUGAUUCUAAUCAUCUAAAUUAAAGCCGUUGUAUCAAAAUAUUCAGAUCAA